AUGCGAGCUUUUACCGCGAAGCAUUAUGUCUUCGUGGUUGUUAUAGUUACAUACCUUGCACUCGUUCGUUGGUUGCGUUACAAGCGUACAAACAGGAUUGCGUCUCCCUUUACGGAUGGUAAAAGGCCGUUGUCGAGCAUGACUACGCAGGAAGCGUUCGAAAUCAUGACCCAGCUGCAAUCGCUUGAGUUUCCUUAUGCGAUGAACAAGGCGCGAAGUGUUGCUCUUCUGAAGGCGGGCGGGAUACCCACGAUGUCAAAGCUGUUUGCCGUCACGGGUCAAAAUAACGCCAGGAAUGCAGGAAGGCGAGCUGUCGAUACGGAGGUUCUUCUACGUGAGUCACAAACACAGCCACGGGAUUCUGAGCGCUACAUGGAUGCUGUUGCACGAAUGAACUACCUCCACGCUCGAUAUCGUAAAGCGGGAAAGAUUCUAGACAUGGACCUUCUGCACACGUUGGGCGACGGAGCGUUGGAGAUCGUGCAUGUUAUAGAUAACGAAGAGUGGCGGAAUCUCAGCGAUGUCGAAAAGUGCGCCGUGGGAAUCUUCCAUCGCAACCUUGGCGAAGACUUGGAGAUCCUAUUUACUCCAUUAGAAAGUUUUGAGUUAGGAUGGCAGGAUGGGUUGCAUUUUAUGACUGAGCUGAUUGAAUGGACGAAGGAAUAUGAGAAAGAGGUUGCAAGACCGACGGCAACAGGAGAUCAGUAUGUGAGAGUCUAUGUUGAUUCAGCCACCAAGAAGUUGGGCAAGGGAGUCACGGCACUCCUUAGACAGGUCGUUGGUUCGGAUCUGGAUGAUACGAUGAGGACAAGCCUCUGCAUCGAAGCCCCUGGGCCGUUCGUGUCUGCUCUCCUAUUCGCUAUCAGGAACACCCGCAAGAUGCUCCUCCGCUACCUUGCGCUACCCCGCCCAGAGGUUUUCGCCUAUCAAUCCGUCGCGUCUACACCAAAUGCUGAGGGCUUGUACAACUUCGGUCAUGGGGGCUUCCAGCCUUGGUAUGUUCAACCUGGCUUCUGGUCGAUUUGGAGUCCUGGCGCAGUGCUUCUGAGGAUGUUUGGCGCUAGGAAACCCGGCAGCAAAGGCGACAGGUAUAAGCCAACGGGGUAUGACCUAAAGUCGAUCGGACCGCCACCGCAAGAGGGCAAGGGUCUUGAGGAUAUGAGGGCGACGGUCGAGUUUAUGAAGGGUCGGGGAGCAGGAGAGUGUCCGUUUGCGGGCAUGAAGAGGCGUAAGGAGUUUGUUGCGGCAAAAGAGUAA